UCCAAGAAAACAAUCUCCACCACCAACCGGCGAUGGCGAUGGCGAUGGCGAUGGCCGUCCUGCUCGUCCUCCUCCUCCUGGCCGGGGGCUCCGCGGCCGCGUCGCCGCCGCCGCCGCCGUGCAGCCGGUCGUGCGCGACGCUCAAUUGCGACUCGGUGGGGAUCCGGUACGGCAAGUUCUGCGGCGUGGGGUGGAGCGGGUGCGAGGGGGAAGAGCCCUGCGACGACCUCGACGCCUGCUGCCGCGACCACGACCACUGCGUCGACAAGAAAGGCCUGAUGAGUAUCAAAUGCCAUGAGAAGUUCAAAAACUGCAUGAGGAAAGUGAAGAAGGCUGGCAAGGUCGGCUUCUCCAAGAAAUGCCCGUAUGAAUUGGCUAUGGCGACGAUGACUCAGGGUAUGGACAUGGCGAUCAUGCUCAGCCAGUUGGGCAGCCAGAAGUUAGAACUGUAGCUUUGGCCUUGAAGAGGUACUCGGUGCAUUGCUUGGUUGAUUGAAGAUUGACUUCCUUUGAUGACUAUACUGUAGUUUUACUUCUGUUAGUUAUAUCACAUUGUUUUGGGCAGCCAGAUAUAAUUUUAGGUUGCUGCGCUGUUUGCAGCAUAUAGUAUCAGAUCUUCUGCCUGGGCAUUUUUGUAUACAGAGUUGCCAUAUAAUUGUCGAAAUCUCAUCACUCUCCAAUUUGAGAAUAACUCUUUCUUCAUGGUAUUCCUCUAA